UUUUAUUUGCUCUUUUUUUUUUUAUAUAGAAACCACAUUUGAUAGAAAAAAGACGAGAUAUUUUGAUGAUUAUCAAGUUGGAUGGAAAAAAAAUUAUGUCAGGGUCAAGGUCGUCGUGAGAGAAUUAAAUUACAAGUGAGAUUGUUAAAAUGGUUGAUGAAAAAACUUCUAAAAUUUUGAAUGUCAGUGGAGAUGGUUGUGGUGAUUAUGAUAAAUACAUUCCAUAUAUUGAUGCAAUUCGUGGAUUAUUUGUGUCAAGUCUUGAUGAAAAAAUUUACAAUGGUUUGUCAAAAUUUGUUUAUAACCAAGAUAAAAAUUCAUCAAGAGAUAAUUUGAAUGAAAAACAAUUGAAUUCAUCAAUUGGUGUAUCGAAUUUCGAUAAAUUAAUUGAUGCCAUAUGGAAUCUUGAUCCAAUCAAUGCAAUUUGUCCUGGUUCUGGACGCCAAGAUGCUGGAAUUUUUGAACGAGUACUCAGACAAGCUAUAAAAUAUUUCAUAAAAGAAGGUCUUAUAUCUUGUUUUCUAAAUUCAAUUGUUCUUAACAACCGUCUCAAUAGAAUACACCGAGAACUUGAUGACCUCAGUGUGAAUAAUAAUUUUCUAAAAACCUAUUUACCUUGGAAUUUUCAUGAUAGUAAUAAUUUAUCUGUUGAUAAAAAUAAUCAACAUGUUAUUGAUUCAAGUCACGAAAUAUUCAACACGGAAAUAAAUUUAAGCCAGUUAAAAAAUGAUGAGAUAAUACGUGAUAAAGAUGCAAAAUGUUUUUGUACAUCUAGAGAAAAUUCAACUGAUGAAAUUUGUGAAUUAUUGAGAGACAAUUAUGGCAGGUGUUUAUCAGAAGAGUUUCAUGUUGAUAAAAAAAUAAUAAAAAAUAAAAUAUCUGAUAUAAAUUUAUCCCAAGAUGAUAAUUGGACAAAAGAAAAUUUAAAAAUUCAUAUUUGUCAGGCAAAUAAUUGUUCUGAUGAAAAAUUAUCAUUGCCAAUUAAAUCAGAAUGUUUUAUUCGUCAUCUAGAUAAUUCUGGAUCAUUUAAAAAUAUAUCAAAAUAUGAAAAAUUUAAAAAGAACUUUAAAAAUUGUCUUGAUAAUAUUUGCAAAAGCUUGAAUGAUAUUUUAAAAAAUUUCGAUGGUAAAAUAAUACGUAAAUGUUGUUUGCUUUGUCGUGUUCAUGGUGAUUAUUUGAAGCUUUGUUUAAAACGUAAAAAUAAGGAUGGAUGUAAAGUUGAUUUGUACUCUGAUUUAAUUGUUAUUCAUGAAAAUUUAGAAUGUCAUCAUGAUGCUAAAUUAAACAAUAAAAUAAAAUCGAAUUUUGAUAGAGAUAAAGCUGAAGAGGUGAAUUGUCCAAGAAGCUCUAGGUCUUCAUCAAUUUUAGCUGGCCAAAAUUCAUCUGAUGAUGAUUUAAGUUUCAACUGUUCUUGUGAUGACGAGUCACACGAUGAAGACUCAUUCAGAUCAGCAAAAUCAAUAGAAAAUAUUAGAAAAAAAAAACCAUCUAAAAUUGUUGAUAAUCAUGAAGACCAACAUGUUGUUGAUGAUAAAUUAUUAAAAGAUAAACUACUUGAAAUUUUAAAAUCAAUAACAAAUGAAAAUUGUCGUAAAAAUUCAAGUUGUCCAGGUGAUUAUUGUAAAUCAGUUUACGUACAAACAUCUGAAAAUUUUGAAGCACUUCAAGGUCCUGAUGACUGUCAUAAAUUGAUAAAAAAUAAAUCAGAUCUUGAGUUGAAAAUAUUCGAAAUACUCGAAACGAUUAUUAAUAAAAAUAGUGGUAAAAAAAUUGAUGAAGAAAAAAAUAUAAUCAAGCAUGAUAGUUUAAUUAUCAUUCAAAAAUCGAAAUCAUUAACGAAAAUUUGUUCACCAAGUGUUUGUCACAGUGUCAAGUCAAUUAAAUUUUUACGUGAUAAUGAAAAUAAGACUGAUGAUGGUGUUGAUCAUGUUGAUGGUAUUCCAGAGCCUCGUUCACUUGAUCAUCAUAUUAAUUCACCUGGUCGUUUGCAGCUGCAAUGGAGUGUCAGUAAAGAGCUAUUUAAUGACUACAAAAGUUCUUUAAUUUGUAUUUUAUCACCAAGCAAAAAAUCAUUGAAUCCAAGUCACAAAAAUAUACUGACAUUGACAUGUCAAAAAAUUGCAGACAAGCAUCAAAAUAAAUUUAUUAAAUCAUCUUUAAAUUCAGCUCAUCAAAAUUCUUUGGGUGAUAAUGUUUCGUCUAAUUUAUCAAAACCAAAAAUAAAAAAAACUUCAAAAAUUUCAUGCUCUUCUUCAAGUUUAAAUAAUGACAAAUUUUUAAAUUUUACAAUCGAAAUUAAAAGAUUAAAAUUGAUCAUUAAAAAGUUGAUGGAAAAAUUACGUUAUACAUUUUCGAAAAAAUCGCUUAAAAAAUUACAAAGAUUGAUUAGAAAAAAAAUUAUUCGUCCACUUUUAAUGGAACGUGAAAAAUGUACACAAAAUAACGGAUCAAAAAUAAAAUUAUAUGAAAAGAAAUUGUUUAAAAAUUUUUCAGAAGCAGAAUCUAUUGAGUCAUUUCGAUAUUUACCAAGAAAAAAUUACUACUCAGAUACUUCGGUGGAGCAGAAAAUGUGUUGUCAAAAAAAAAAUAAUUAUCAUGAUAGAAAAAGCUUUAAAAAAACAAAAUUUAAAGCUCAAUGUAGUCGUUGUAAAAUUGACAAGUCAAAGUAUAAUUAUCAACGACAUGAAAAUGCUGGAAAUAAUAUCAAAUCGAUGAAUAAAAAUUGUCGAAAAUAUUCAAAUAAAGGUAAUAAUAUUUCAACCAACGGGAGAGUUAUUUCAUCAUCAAAUGUUGAUAUUGAAUUUAAAUGCCCUGAGGAUGAUGAAGAGUGUCCUGGUUUGAUUAAUAAUUAUUUUCGUUCAAUUCUUACUCAGUAUGUUAAUCUUUGUAAAAAUGUUAAAUAUUCUUUUGUCAAUAAUCAAACAGAUGUAUCAUCAAGCCUUGAUCAGGUACCACCAAAAAAAAUAAAUAAAUAAAUAAAACAAA